AUGGCGGAACUCACAAAACGUUCCGUAGCCGUCAGUUUCAUCUUCCAAUUCCCCAAGGACAAGACCCCCAACACCGUCCCAAAAGUAGCCCUCUUCAAACGAAGCGAUAAAGUCCGAACAUACCAACACAAAUACGCACCCGUAUCGGGCUCCAUAGAAUCCACGGACGCCAACCCCCUCGCAACGGCGUGGCGAGAAAUCCACGAAGAAACCACACUUACACCUUCUUCGUUGCUCUUCCGGAAGGGAAAGCCGUAUUCCUUUGUCGAUGAGUCCAUCCAGCGCGAAUGGACUAUCAACCCGUUUGGAUUCAUCUUCGGGUGUGACCCUUCUCAGAUUAAGAUUGACUGGGAGCACGACAGCUACGAAUGGUUUGAUCCUUCUGCCGUUACGGACGAAUCUUUCCCUGGUGUUCCUAGACUACUAGAAAGUUUAAGAAGGGUGUGGUUCGUGUUUGAUCUGGGCGGUCCUGCGUCGACGACUCUAGAUGGCGGUUUGACGCAGUUACAGGCAGAUCAUGAGAGUGGUGCGCGGCAGUUAGCUGGUAUUGCACUCGGGGUGUUUAUCCGCGUGUUAAAGCAACUAGAUAUGGCAGACGAGGAAAUUUGGUGGGCAAAUGUGCGAAGGGUAGCGUGGCAUUUGUGGAAGAAUGGGCGGGAGAGCAUGGGAGCACCCAUCCUGAGUGUCAUGCUCUCAAGUUUGGAGACUAUUCACGCGAAGAUGAAGAACGAUGGGUUAUCUCAGAGAACAGUAGAGGAUAUCGUCACCUCGUUAGAAGACCUUGGUCAACAACGAGAAACAUCGACUUCAAAGAUCGCCAACUCAUUCACCACCUUUCUCCAGCAAUAUCCGCCAGAGAAACCCAUAAACAUCGUCACACUAUCAUCCAGCUCAACAAUAACAAGCUGUCUCACCCACGCGCUCACCACGCUCCCUCACAAAAUGGAUAUUCGCAUCCUCGAAUCCCGCCCUUUAUACGAAGGUGCCAAACUAGCCUACAAGCUAUCUUCCUACGCUGCUUCACACAAUAUCCCCAUUGAAAUCACGGUGAUGACGGACGCAGCGGCGGGAAUUGCCGCCCAUGACGCGGACUUACUUCUCAUAGGGGCGGAUUUGAUCGACAAGUACGGAAAUGUAAGCAACAAGGCGGGGUCGUUGCCGGCUGUCCUGGCGGCGAGGCACGUCUCCAAGAAUGUAAAGGUGGUGGUUGUCAGUGAGAAGGAGAAGGUACUCCCGUUUGAGGCGCCGGGGCAUGAGGAGAAUGAUGUAGGUGAGGUUACUGGGUCGUGGGACGGAUUGGGGGUGAAGAGUGAAGAGGGUGUGAAGGUGAGGAAUGUGUAUUUCGAGUGGGUGGAUAAUGGGCUUGUGGAUGCAUAUGUUACGGAUGAUGGGGUUUCGGGGACGGAGGACGUGAGGACGUGGGCGGGGGAUAUUGAACGGAGGGCAAAUUGUGUUUUUGAGGGUUUGUAG